AUGAGUUUGGUUGGUGAAAAAGAUAAUAAAGUGGACGUCAAGUCAACUGAUUCAAUCUCUAAUGAAGAUCCAACUAACUACGUCAACUUCUUUAUUGAAUCAGCUAAGGAGUCAGAAAAUGCAGAUAAGUCUAUGACGCUCAAGGAGGGUAUUAAGCGUUUCCCUAAAGCAACAUUUUGGUCGUUUGUCCUUUCAUUAUGUAUUAUUAUGGAAGGUUAUCAAACCAACUUGUUGAACUCAUUCUACGGGUUCCCAGCAUUUAAGGAACAUUUCGGUACCUUUUAUCCGGAGAAAGAUGGCGGGGUCUGGGAAAUUCCUGCUCAUUGGCAAACAUCGUUGUCUAUGUGUGUGUAUGUUGGUGAGUUUUUUGGCUUGUUUGUAGCAGGUUUAGUAUCAGACAGAAUUGGUUACAGAUGGACAUUAAUCGGUGCCUUAAUGAUGGUUGCUGGGUUUAUAUUUGUCCUUUUCUUUUCAACCUCGUUAGGUAUGAUUGCAGCUGGUGAAAUUCUUUUAGGUAUACCCUGGGGUGCAUUCCAAACUCUUACUGUAACAUACGCAUCUGAAGUUUGUCCAUUAGUUCUUAGAGUCUAUUUGACCACCUGGGUCAACUUAUGCUGGGUCAUUGGCCAAUUGAUCUCAUCUUGUAUGUUGAAGGGUUUUAGCAGUAGCAAUAGUGCAAUUGCUUACAAAAUCCCAUGGGCUAUCCAAUGGGUCUGGCCAAUUCCAAUUGCAGUCGGUAUCUAUUUUGCUCCUGAGUCACCCUACUGGCUCGUAAAUAAGGGUAAGUUCAAGGAAGCCAAACACUCCAUGGAAAGGUUAUUGACUAUCACUGAAGGUACGACCGACAAGUCAUUUAUAGCUCAACAAAUGGUUAACAAGAUCGAAUUGACUUUGAAGCAAAGAGAAGCCGAAGAAAACUCAUCCUCGGCUUCCUACUUAGAUUGUUUUAAAAACGGUAACUGGAGAAGGACUAGAAUUGGAGCUUUGACGUGGUUGUCACAGAACAUUUGUGGUUCGUCUUUGAUGGGUUAUUCGUCCUAUUUCUUGAUCCAAGCUGGUAUGUCUGAAUCCAAUUCAUUUACUUUCACAAUCAUUCAGUAUAUCUUUGGUGUUAUUGGUACUCUAGGAUCUUGGUUCCUUGCUAAAAAUGCAGGUAGAUUCACCAUUUACUUUUAUGGAUUGUGUACGUUGUCAGUUAUAUUAGUUAUCGUUGGUGCGCUUGGUAUCGCGAUCGAUAAAGGUGCCAAUAAUGCUUCUUGGGGUGUUGGUGUGUUAUUGUUAUUUUUCACAUUUUCUUAUGAUUUUACAGUCGGUCCGUUAUGCUACUGUAUCGUUACAGAAAUACCUAGCUCUAGAUUAAGGACCAAAUCCGUUGUUAUUUCCAGAAAUGUCUACAAUUUGGCAGGUAUUGUUAUUGCUAUCAUUACUCCAUACAUGUUGAACCCAACUGCCUGGAAUUGGAGAGCUAAAACUGGGUUUUUCUGGGGUGGAUUCUGUAUUGCAUCAUCCAUUUGGGCUUGGUUCGAGUUACCAGAAACCAAGGGCAGAACAUUCGCGGAAUUGGAUGUCUUGUUUGCCCAAGGUGUUCCAGCUAGAAAGUUCAGGACUACACCUGUUGAGAUUUUCAACAGUGACGAAUUGAUUGGUAAGUUUGGCACCGACGGUGUUAAGGCCAUGGCACAACAUGUUGAAGACACCGAUGAUGAAGAAAUGAUCCGCCCAGUUUCUUCUACAAGAAAUGCUUAA